UGCGUCUUUGCCACAGCAUGACAUACAGUACGUAGUGGCAUUAACUGUGUGUAGAAGAUUAGGCAGCACUCAGAGCUUACUUGUUACUUACCGCUCUCUGCUUCUUUCCUCAUCAGUCAGUGAACUCGGCUCUACAAGGACCGCUUCUAAUGUCUGUUGAGUUUGCAAUGAAUUAAAAUGUAAGAAUGUUGCUGCACGGCAAUGUGACUUAGACUCAAUUCCCAGAUCCAUCUGCAGCUGUUCCACUGAAAACUGAUUGCAUCUGAAGAUGGCCACGAUGAGGUUAUAUCCACUGCUGUUGCUGUUGUUUGUGUCCUUCCAAAGAACCAUUUCUCAGUUUCCUGGAUGGAUUGGUGAAGUGGAAGGUAGUGGUGAGACAGAAUGGGUUUCCCAACCAGAUUUCAUAGAAGACAUAUAUUGGUCCGGGUCAGCGCCCCUUUGUUUAGGAGGUUGUAAGGCGCGGCACCAGGAGCUGAGGAGAGAUCGCUGCGGAGACUCAAGCUGCUGCUGGCUCGGCUACAAGUCCCUGUGCAGAGUGAACUGUGGGAGGCCCGAUGUGGACUAUAAUGGAGAAGCGUAUGGUAAUGACUGGUGGGUGGGCUCUGUGGUGAGGUACACCUGUCGCCCUGGCUUCAUGCUGGUGGGAAACCCUACCAGAACUUGCCAGCCAAAUGGCCUCUGGACCCAGAAACCUACCUGCCUCAGAAUGUGUGCGCGGGGACGCAUUGAAAUCAGGGAGAGUGAACUGAGUGGGACUUGCAACUCCACCUGCGCAUACAAGAGCUACUUUGGCCCACCCAAACAAGGCUGCACUCGGAUAGACAACUGCUAUAAGAAGGAGACCGGCUGGAAGCGGUUCUUUGCAAUGUGUGUCCCUUGCAUUUGUGACUGCGCUUUAUCAUGUGGUGAGAAGCUUCCCCGUCGAGCACAGUUGAUGAACUGAUGUAAAGUGAGCAUGUUGCAAUGUUCACUAUGGUUAAUUAUUGCUUUAAACAUGAAUUUGCUGUCUUUCUUUAAAGAAGAGCAGCAGUAGUAAUACUGGUGAGGUGAUGCUGCUUCAUCCAAUGGUGUAGACAAAUCCCUCUGCCUCGUUGCUCCUCCUCCUAGUCCAUCUGUCUUGGAGGAAGGUGAAACCUUAAUCUUGUUUCAAAGGGAGGAGCUUUGGUCGGAGAGGUCAGGAGUCAGAAUUAACAGAGUGUUGUGGACCUUAUGAGCAAACUGUUUUAUAGGUAUUAGACUAUUUACACCUUUUAAUAUUUAUUGUGGGAAAGUGAUACAUCUAUUUUUUGUUGUCAAAUCAAAUCUUUAUUUUUAUUUAGAUGGAAUGCGUGAAUCUGCAGUCACUUUAUUAAACACACUUCAAGUUGUCAAAAGCUGUUCCCACUUAUAACAGGUGUAUGCAUCUCACUUCCCAGUGGUAUUCAUCCUUACUGCACUCAAACCAUUUUGAUUGGCAGAAUGCUUCCAGGCAUAUUUCUUUAUAUACAUAUAUAUGUGUAGUCUUCAGAAUAUUUG